AUGGCUCGCUCUGAUGCUAUAGAUACAGAUGUUCCAGGAACGGUGUACCUGGUUGAUGCAACGGGGAGUUUGAGAGAUGUAGCUCAUGCUAGGACACAAGAUGUCCUUCUUAUCCCUCAGCCUACAUCCUUUUCAGCUGAUCCUCUGAAUUGGCCUCUUUACAAGAAAUACUGGACCCUCUUCCUGAUCUCCAUGUAUGCAUGCGUUAACUCCUUUGGGGAGAACAACUGGGGUGCAGCAUGGACAACUAUAUCUGAUGAUACUGGUGUGAGCCUGAACAAUAUGAACGGUGGCUCCGCUCUAAAUUAUCUUAUGUUGGGUUUCUUCAACAUUAUCUGGAUCCCCACGGCCAUGAGAUUUGGACGCAAAAUUGUCUACAUACUUAGUCUGCUGUUCGUCCUUGGAAGUGGUAUCUGGGGUGGCUUCUAUCAGGGUGUUUCGCAAUACUACAUUAUGAUGGUGGUCAACGGGAUCGGAACUGCGGCCUAUCAAGCUCUGAUCCAGCUGACUGUAUGCUACGUUUCUGAAAUGCUCACUUCGCUUGGAUCUAUUAUCGGGCUGAUCUGUGGCGGUUACAUUUCUGACGGCAUUGGCUGGAGAUGGAGUAUGCCCAUCGUGUCUAUAGCAUGCGCUGUCUUGAUUCUUCUCUUCAUCUUUACUUUUGAUGACACGAUGUUCCCGAGGUAUCGCUUUUCGGGUGAGACACCUCAGCGAACCACCAAGGCCGAAAACGAGACAGCUCGCACCCCAUCUGACACCCCAACCACGGAGGGAAAAGAUUCCAAGGUUGAACCGCCGAUGUCCAUCGUGGAAAGUCGCACUGUCGGGGAGAUGGACAUGCCUCCGCGAACCUACCUCCAAAAGAUGUCUCCGGUCCACUACUUCAAAGACGACAACACAACUUGGUACCAGUACUUUCGCCGUCCCUUCUUUCUUUUCGCGUUUCCCAAUAUUCUUCUAGCCGGUAUUCAAUUUGCAUUUGGCUGCACUGCAGGUAUUGUCUCGUUUAAUACCAUCUCUGAGAUCAUGACGGAGGCACCAUAUAACUGGAGUGCCGGUUCUGCUGGCCUAAUCUUCUUGGCAGCACUGGUUGGUAACUUUCUUGGCAUGGGUAUUGGAUCACUGUCCGAUUGGGUUGUCGUCUUUUUGGCACGUCGGAACAAGGGUUAUAAGGAACCCGAGAUGCGUUUAUGGACGUAUUCUAUCCCCCUUGUACUUGCUGCGGUUGGCUAUUUCGUCUACGGCUGGGGUGCUACCGAGGGGCUUCACUGGAUGUCCAUUGCAGUUGGCUUGUGCUGCAUGAUUGCUCAGCAGGUAUCCGCCACCAGUAUCGCAACCGCAUACGCAAUGGAGUGCUUCGAACAGAUCUCUGGUGAGCUCGUCAUUGUACUGGCAUGCUGCUCAUCGAUAAUCAACUUUGUCAUCUCCUUUACGGUGCAGGAUUUCAUCGACGGCACCAACUACGGCUGGACCUUUACCUUCUAUGGUAUCAUGGUUGUCCUUUCGAUGGCUGCGGGUGCUCCGAUGAUUAUCUGGGGUAAGGAUUGGCGGCGGAAAUGUAAGCCUCGGUAUGAGAAGUUUUUGGCCGAAACAGGACGUCAGUGA